AUAAAAAUGAUGGGAUUCGGGCAAAAAUUAUCUUGCUAUCUUACUCGAAUGGAAUAUCUUAUAAGUGUGAAUUUAAGCUACCCCUGACUCAUAUUCGCAGCAAAUAUAGUAUGUCCAUACAUGUAGAAGCAAUCUACUUCUCUGGUAUGUCUUACAACCCAGUGUGAACACAGCAAAAUGAGGAUUUUUGUCAACUUUCCAACAUUUUAACAGUAUUGACUUCAGUGCCGGUUGCUUGUGGCCCAGUGGUGAUAACUUUCAACACAAAGAUGCAAAAUUCAACCUAGAGAUAAUACAAUAUCAUAUAAGGCUUAUAUUACAUUACAUUAUUAUAGUACAUCUUUUUAUUACGUUGUGAGCAUUAUAAAACAUUUAAAUGCACAAUGUAUUAAUAAAUGAGUAGCACGGGUUACAUUUACCAUAGCAUUGAAGAUCUGCAUAGGCGUAUUAGUCCUUGUUAAUUAUAUAAACCACGAUCAUCCACGUACUUAAUAUAUAAUAUAUAAUUUAUAUAUAUAAUAGCGUACCAGGUGUGUCUUUGGCAAGGAAAGUGGUGGAACUAUGGCAAGGUUAAUACUAUUACAGCGUUUAAUUGCUGUUGGAUUUUUAUUUGCAGUCUGUUUAUAUCUUGUAACAGUCAAAAAAUUUCACAGGGAGGUUCUGAGUAAAGGGGGGCAGAAGGCCUACUCCUCAGAUCUGACUGGAUAUUUAUCGAUUGAAAAGAAUCAGACAAGUAUGGGCCAAAGUCCAUCUAUGCGUUCUCGAUUGGAUAAUGUGGAACUCAGGAAUGUGUCUGUUUUUGGGAACCACCGACAGAAGAAAGGUUUCCUUACCAUUGGCAUCCCGUCUGUCAAACGACCAAAGGGAACUAUGUAUUUGUUGCAGACGAUUACCUACAUAAUAAACAGGACGCCUGCAAGUGAGAAAGAGAACAUUGUAUUACUGGUAUUCCUGGCAAAUUUUGAUACACAAUACAAUGAAAAUGUCUUGAAAAAUAUAAGCGCCAAAUUUGAUGACUACAUCAAAAGUGGAUUUAUUCUAGUGAUGCAAGUUCCAGAAAACAACUACCCUCCAUUAGAAAAUUUGAAAAGGAAUUAUAAUAAUUCUCUGGAGAAAGUAAAAUGGCGAUCGAAACAGAAUGUUGAUUAUGCUUUCAUGUUUCUGUACGGAAGAAAUAUUUCAGAAUACUAUAUUCAGAUUGAAGACGAUGUGAUUCCCGCUCUUGGAUUCUUCGAAGACAUACGUGCCUUUAUUUUAGCAAAUGACAAGACUCCAUGGAUAUGCUUAGAAUUUUCAGUUCUUGGAUUCAUAGGGAAAUUGUUCAAGUCCAAAGACUUGGAGAAACUUGCAAGGUACUUGAUUUUAUUUUACGACGAGCAACCUUGUGAUUGGCUUAUUCUCCAUUUCCUAAUGUCAAUGACUCAGAAGGAACAUAUCUACCACAAGCAGUCUUUAUUCCAGCAUCAGGGUGAAUGGUCUUCUUCGGAAGAAAAGUCGAGGAAAGGACCUAAAAUAAAGCUUGACAUUUACUUCAAAGAUGGUAAAAAUAAUCAGACAAUAGGUGCACAAAGAAAAGUGAAAAUUAAAAUCCCACGUUGAAAUUCCCUUUAA